CCAAACUCUCGUGAAUCCCUAGAAAAAACUCUCUGGCACCCCCACCCCUUCUCCGCCGCCACCACCCACGCCGACCGGUUCUGGCGAGCUCCGGCUGGAAGCGGAGCAUUCACCGGAACCAGAAUCAUGUGCGUUCGCCGCACCGGUAGGGGUGGGAGGUGGCCCUCUCUCCCUCGCCCUCUCCGCUUCCAGCUCGGCCUCCUUCCUCCUCUGCGCCGGCGGCGACUCCCUGCAGCGUGGGAGGCUCAGGUUUAGUCUUUCGCCCCGCCCCGGUGCUGCGCUGCUGCUCCCCUCCCGCCCCGCCGACGCCGAUGGACCGAGAAGAAGUGACGAAGUUCCUGGGCCAGGUGCCCCUCCUGCAGUGCCUCCCCGGCUCUUCCAUCCGUAGGAUUGCCGAGGCCGUCCAGGUCAAGCACUACGAACCUGGGGAUUAUAUUGCUCGUGAAGGUGAACCCGUAGAUGGCCUUUGCAUCAUAUUGGAUGGCACAAGGGUUCCAUGGUACAACAGCAGAAAGAAGACCAUGAUUCAAUCAAGUGCAUGCUCCAUCAACACAAGGGGUGAUCGUCGCUGACUAGCACGGCCAGUGGGCGCUGUGCUCUUCAACCACUUGAAGGCAGACUUCUCCGUGAAGCCCGGUGGCCAUGUCGCACGGAUUAUCGUCUAGGUGAUUUCGACGCCGGAAGUCACUGAGGUGGAGGACCUCGAUGCCACCGUCCGAGGGAGGGAGGAUUCGUGUCCACCAGCGUCUGAACUCCGAGCCUUGGUAGAUACAUCUAGAGAAGUGGUCUGUUUAGGGUUGGUGGUAGACCACUAGAGAAGGUACCCACCUUACGAUGAUGGUUGUGUGUGUCUGAUGUUAAAUGGAAUCUUGAGAUGGUUGUGUGACGUUGGUUUGGUUUGCACUGGGCGUAUUACCAUUUAUGAGUACUACAUCAAAUUUUUAUUUUUUUAAUUC